UCUUAAUGCGUGCAUUGUCAAGUAAAUGAAGUCAAAAUUCAGCCUUUUUUUUUAUUUCUUUAACAUUUUAUAUUAAUUAGUGAUUUAUAUUAAUUAAAUAGAAAAAAAGUGUUUUAUUUGUCUCAUUUGUCUUGGUGCUGUAUCUUGUAGAUUUAUAUAUUUAUUUUUAACAUUUCGUCACUUCGGUCCUGAUUGAAAUACCUCGACGACUAUCGGACGAAUGAAGAUGAAUUGCACCAACAGUCAUGGUCCCCCGAGGAUGGAUCUAGUUGACUUUGGUGACCAUCAUUUUUCCUCUCGCACCCCCGUUAGGUUUGCAUUAUCGGUUUUAAAGUGGAAUGUCUCAGCCACUAUCGUCAUGAAAUUUGGCCCAUGCAUUCAGGUCCCUCUCAGGGGUAACUGUUAUGACUUCAGUGAUCUCCUGAGGUUUCAUCAAGUCGAACUUUUAAUUUGUCCAAUACUGUGAUUCAUGACAAAAUACCAGCAAAGCCAAUGACUUUCUCAUCAUUCAUAGCUGUAGUUUGUGUUUAGUGCUAAUUAGCAAAUGUUACAGACUUACAGAGUUGUUAGUAUGGCUUUGACUCUUGUUACACUUUGUUACUCCUGUGUUAGAACAUUUUUAUCAGCUCAUUUUGAUUUAGUGCUUCCUGUUUAGACUAGUAUUACAGUUGUGACUAAAAGUAAAACUCUUAAUCAUUCAGGGUCUUUAUUCCAGUAAUUCCAUCUUUAAUUCAAUAGGAACCUAUGCCCACAGUAUAUAGUUGGUCAUUUAUCCUUCCCAGCUAAAACCCAACUUCCAUAUUCCUGUGCCUCUAUUUUUGUCAGUAUACGUAUGUAGACAUUUUAGUUUAACCCUGAAAUGAUUCGCUAAUCUUGGUUAUUUCUACAUAUCAAUCUAUCUACUUUACUGCAAAAAAAGCUUGACAUCUGCACUGAUGAUGCAACAAAUUAAUUUAUAUUCAUUGGAAAAGGUCAAAAGACCCGGCACUUCCCUUGCCAGCUGUAAAGUGAAACUGCAUGCACAGCAGAUAUCUUGGCAAAUGACAAACAGAAACUGGGCUUUCAGACUGAUUAAUAUGCCAGAGGAGUUAUGGGCCCUGAUAGGAACACUAACGGUGGACGUCAAACAGCGCUGAGACCCCCCCCCGCCUGCAUGUAUCAACAGCUGUCAAACCUACGCAGACUGUCUUCAUAUUCAUUGUCAUAUGAACCACCCGGCCCCAGCAAACCACGGAGGUUUGACUCAACCAGUUUCAAAAUCCAAUCUUAUUUCCCUGCGGUUCUGUACUAGGUUUGCAUCCAUGCUGCGUACCUCUAUGUACUUACAGCUGAGAGGUAGAAGUCGUAAUCUGUUUAUGACUGCCUGCAAACAUUUUUAUUUUUAUGGCUAACCUUUUAAAACCUUUCCACAAUCACAAGUAGUACAUUCAGAGGAGAGGUUAAUGUAUUAUUGGUCUUUGCAGAACACACAAUAAAGCUAUAUAUGUCUUACUAUUUACAGUAGACUGCCCUGACUUUAUUGUGAAUACAUAGAAAAUAGGUGCAUUGUGUGCUUGUGGUUUUGCUCUUGUAAACUCAGUCCAUUCGUCCACUCUGCUUGGUGACAUUGACAGCUGCAGUUGCUAUGGAUGGUGCCCAAGCAGCAGGGACACAUCUUGGUCACAUAUGGCCUGCAGUAAAUAACUUAUUGCAUGCAGGUGAGUUGAGCUAACAUUUGCACUGAGCUUAAUGUACAGCAGAUUACCUGACGGUGUUUACUCUUUGCUUGGUUGGGCAGGAUGUUAGCAGUGGUACCUAGGCUGGUUUCUUUAGCAACUUUCUUCAGCCCAGGGCCCCACACAGGUUUAUAAGGUCAAUAAAGACCCACUGUGGUCUAUGUACACAUGAAGUUGGAGAAUAGUCAGUGAACAUUCCCAAAACAAUCACGUUACCCUUGUGAUUGUGUAUGAUGUAUACAGUUGUGAUAAUGUAGUUUUACAUUGAUGGCCUUUUCUAUUUACAUAUUCAGUGUACUUUGGACAAUUCUUCCCGGAUUCUCCAACCACAGUAAGCAAUUUGGUAAAUACGUGAGGGCUGACACCUUCACGGGAAUUGUCUCUGUAAUCAAUAUGCAGACAGGAGGGGGGUGUUUCACUGGACCUGCAGCAGUUCAAUGGAUGUGCAACACACUUUCUCUCUGGCUCUCAUUCGCAUGUCUUUAUCUGAGGUCUGCAGCGCUAAUCCUCUUAAAUUCUCGCCAACAGGGGCGGAGCAAACCUCUCAUUGCGUUUGACAGUUUCCUCCCAUGCCUCAGCUGUGCGAGGCGUUUGUGCGGGGUGUGCAUGGCCGACGGACUUUUUGCCGCAAUGAAUAACGUCUUUCCGUAGAGUAGCUGCGUAAACGGUGCGUCGGAGAGCGAGCAGAUGCUGCUCUUGCCAUGAUUCGUCCCGGGAAGCGGAGCUUUCAAGCGGCGUUGAUCUUCCUGUCCGUCGCCCAGCUGACCGCAGGUCUGAGGUGUGUGUGCCAGCUUUGCGCCAACCACACCUGUGAGACGACCGCAGAUGGAGCCUGCUGGAACUCUGUGAUGCUGAUCGACGGGAAGGAGGAGACGGACAAGUCGUGCAUGUCGCCCUCUGAGAUGAAGGGCCAGGUCUUCUGCUACAGCUCCCGAAAUGUCUCAAAGAGGAACUGCUGCUUCACUGACUUCUGCAACAAUGUGACCCUGCACCUACACCCAGAGAGGCCUUUGGAAGAACCCGGCUGGAGCAGGCUGCAGCUCACUGUGGUGAUCCUGGUGCCCUCCUGCCUCCUGUGUGUGGGGAUCCUGCUGAGUGUGUUCAUUGUGCAGACCCAUCACUGUGUUUACAGCAGAGCCCGCAAGCAGGACCCAGAGGAGUCUCUGCAUGACCAGAUGCUAAUGUCACACGACAAAUGCCUCAAAGAUCUGAUCUAUGACAUGAGCACCUCAGGCUCUGGAUCAGGUCUGCCAUUGCUGGUCCAGCGGACAAUAGCUCGGACCAUCAUCCUGCAGGAGACCAUUGGGAAGGGUCGGUUUGGGGAGGUGUGGCGGGGAAAGUGGCGAGGAGAGGAUGUGGCGGUGAAGAUCUUCUCCUCCAGAGACGAGAGGUCGUGGUUUCGUGAAGCAGAGAUUUAUCAGACAGUCAUGCUCAGACAUGAGAACAUCUUGGGCUUUAUUGCUGCGGACAACAAAGGUAUCGGAAUCAGAUACACAGACCAAAUAGAAUCAAGUUCACAUUAUAUUUAUGAGAUACAUGUGCCAACAAGGGACUGUAUUCUUGCAGAUAAUGGCUCGUGGACUCAGCUCUGGUUGGUGUCAGAGUACCAUGAGCAUGGCUCCCUGUAUGACUACCUGAACAGGUACACAGUCUCUCUGGAAGGCAUGAUCGUCCUCGCCCUGUCCAUAGCAAGUGGACUGGCACAUCUCCACAUGGAACUCAUUGGAACACAGGGGAAACCUGCCAUUGCUCACAGAGACCUCAAGUCUAAAAAUGUCCUGGUGAAGAAGAACGGCACAGCGGCCAUCGCAGAUUUGGGUUUGGCUGUGAAACACGACUCCAGCACCAACUCCAUUGACAUACCGUCCAACCACAGAGUGGGAACCAAGAGGUACAUGGCCCCAGAAAUCCUGGAUGAGGUAAUCAAUAUGAACUGCUUUGAGUCAUUCAAGAGGGCGGAUAUCUACUCGCUAGGCCUGGUGUUCUGGGAACUGGCCCGGAGGUGCUCUGUUAGAGGGCUUCAUGAAGAUUUCCAGCUGCCUUACUAUGACCUGGUGCCUUCUGAUCCAACCAUUGAGGACAUGAGGAAGGUAGCGUGUGAGCAGAAACUCAGACCCAGCGUUCCCAACCAGUGGCAGAGCUGUGAGGCUCUGCGUGUGAUGGGCAAACUGAUGAGAGAGUGCUGGUAUGCCAACCCUGCUGCUCGACUCACUGCUCUGCGGGUCAAGAAAACAGUGUCUCAGCUGUCUUUCAUCAAGGAUGUCAAAGAUUAGUAGGAGUUGUUGCCCUGCAGAUCAGCACUGGUGCUGGCACUGGUGCAACACGACGGACUGAGAGCAAACUGGGAGAAACUCUCAACGGUCCGAGGCUGCCCUCUUCAGGAAACAAAAACAAUGUUCACCCUCAGAGAGCAACUUCAGGUUGUUUUUGGUGCCAAAGUAUUGUAGAGGGUGUCAGCGGCUGCUUUGCACAGUUAAAAAAAAAUAAUGAACCGAACAGCUGCACUUUUGGUAGGAAGAGCCAUAAGAAUGUAUGUAAAAUAUAAUGUGUAGACAGAUUAUUUUGCUACCUCAGACAUUUAAGUGCCCAAAGCUUGAAGUUGCACAUUGUGAUGUUUUCGUGCCAUAUCUUGUAUCAAACACAGUAUUGCUGAGUAGUUAGUGUGCUAACUGACAAUCACACGGAUACUGAAAAAGAAACCCUGACUGGUUUUAAAUUACACUUUUACAGACUGUCCCUGAUAAUCUGAACGUUAAAAGUGUUGAAAGUGCUUUUCAAUAGUUAUUACAGUACUAAUUGUAGGUCAAUAAUUUGAUGCUGGUCCACUGGUUCCGUUGGUCCAAAUACCUCAACAAGUAUUGAAUGGACCACGAUUAGAUUUGGUUCAGAAAAUCUUGGUCCCCAGAGGAUGAAUAAUAAUAAUCCCCUGCUGAGCGGAAACUAAUAUGAGUUCUCUUAAAAUCGACAGAGUGAACCUUUUUGGAUUUAGUUAAAGACUUGACCGUUCCUCUGGCGCCGCCCUCAGGCCAAACUUUAAACAUUUGACUGACUGGUGGUAAGAAUUAAAUCUAUGAAGUUGUCUCAUGGGAUCAGUAGAGUCGCUACAGACUUUUUUUUUUUUCUUGUCCUUUACACAAAGAGAAGUAUUGCUUUAAGCUCCUGCUAUAAAGUUUGCACAUUUAAAGCUUUCAGUUGCCUAAAAGAGCUGCUCUGUCAGGUGAAUGCUAGCAACAAAAGCUCAUUCAUGAAUGUGAAAAGUUAUGUUUUAUAUUUCUCAAAUAUAUCUAAUCCCACUGGAAGGAUGUUGUUCAAAUCAUAACAUCUUUAUGAUUUUAAUGCACAAACUUCAGUAUGUUGACAUUGGCUCAUUGGUAUUUUUAACUGGGAAAUCUAAUACUACAUUCAGUAUGUUAGAAAACGCUCAAUUUUACAAGCCUGAUGCUGUUAUACAGCAGGUUUCUCAAUGUACUACAUAAUAGCGAAGACCAAGAUAAGAUCAGAUCUUGAUAAAGAUCUGGAUAAAGCCAAUAAUGAAAUUAUUUAAAAAAUGAUAACGACGAAAUAUCGUUAAAUGUGGUUAAGAUAUUUCACUUGCAGGGCCUAGUCUGGGUGAUGGGUACACAUGAUCACUGUCUGACGAGGCCUGUAAAGUCUUGUCGUAACAGGCUUAUAGGGAAAAUGCACAACUGUAUUCCAUGUGUGCUUAUACGCACCCACAUGUGUGCCUGUGUGUGCCUGUGUGUGCCUGUGUGUGCCUGUGUGUGCGCGUUUCAAAUGUGGAGCGACCCUGUGUUUAAAGAUGUGAAUCUGAUUUAUUAUUGUAGGUUGUGAAACUGGUACUGUGGAAAAGAACCUGUUUCCCAUCCACCACGGCUUUCAAUUCAUCCUCAGUUAACGUCCAUGUUUUUAGUUGCUUACUUCCAUGUAGCUGCUUAGUGUUGACACAUAUAGAAGUUCUGUUAAGACUACUCGCUGAUAACAUAGAAUCAGCUGUCGCUCUCUUGACAAAUAUCAGUUCAUGUAAGUCUUUGUGUUUUUCUUUUUAUGAAACGAUACGUUGACUUCAACCACGGGAUCAUUCAACUUUGUGUGUUGCAGAAUACAGAUAUGAAAUAUUGAAAAUGCAGUAUUAAAGCGGCCGUCUCUGCCUGGGUAAUGUUGGAUCUAUGCUGAACCAAACUUAUAUUUUGUCUAUAGUGUCAUAUCUGUUUCUCCAAGAAUCAGACAGGUGACAUAUCAAUCAUUCCAAAGAGGAGUGUCCACCAUGUGCAAAUUCUGACUGGUGUCUUUUUAAAAGAAUAUAUAUUGUUUAUGAAGUUGCUGAAUGCUAAAAUCAUAUGUGAAACCGCUUUCAUGAGAUAAGACCUGCUUUUUGAUUUUCGAAUCAUCCUGUUAUGUAGAUCAAUACCGUUUUGUGUCAUUGCUCAGAUUUCAUGCCAUUGCAUUGUAUCUCUUGCACUAUUUGUUCUGUAUAGAAAAGAGUUAUAUCGGUGGGUCAAUAAACUGUUUCUCAUGGAGUGAACUGUUUUCAGUACUUUCUUUCAUAAUAGAAGUAUGUUUUUUUUUUUUUAGUAUAAAAUGUCUCACAUUGCAUUUGUGACUUUG